UGCCAUCUGUCGGGCGUCGCAAGGCAUCGUUCAAUUGACAUUGGGGUUCAAGUGUAAAAUAACCACACUUCCUCGUUUUCAUCCCUCAUUCGGCAACUGACAACAUAACAGAUCGACUCCACCACGACCACAAUCUGCCGACAUGUCGAUUAUCGCGAGAAACAUCCCCCGCAUUCUGACGCAAGCGGCGCAACGUAACAUCCAUUCUGUCAGCCAACAAAAUGCAGCCGUUAAUCAAUGUGAACGUCCGGAUACAAGGGUGAGCUGCACGUUGAUUCCGGGCGAUGGAGUCGGUCCCGAACUCAUUUUUUCUGUACAAGAAGUAUUUAAAGCGGCCGGAGUCCCGGUCGAUUUCGAAUCGUACUUUUUCUCUGAAGUCAACCCAACACUUAGUGCGCCAUUGGAGGAUGUUGCCAAGUCCAUUUCGAAGAACCGCGUGUGUCUAAAGGGAAUCUUGGCGACUCCCGAUUACAGUCACACCGGCGAACUACAAACCCUCAACAUGAAAUUGAGAAAUGCUCUGGAUCUGUAUGCCAAUGUGGUACAUGUGCAGUCACUUCCAGGCGUCAAAUCUAGACACAGUAACAUUGACUGUGUGAUUAUUCGUGAGCAAACUGAAGGCGAAUACUCAGCUCUGGAGCAUGAAAGUGUUAAAGGCGUUGUAGAAUGCUUAAAGAUUGUAACUGCAAGGAAGUCGCAGAGGAUCGCCAAGUUUGCGUUCGAUUACGCAACGAAAAAUGGAAGGAAGAAGGUAACAGCAGUGCACAAGGCCAACAUUAUGAAACUGGGCGACGGGUUGUUCCUCAAGUCAUGCGAACAGAUGGCAAAAUUAUAUCCAAAAAUUGAAUUUGAAAAGAUGAUUGUCGACAACUGCACAAUGCAAAUGGUUUCGAAACCGCAACAGUUCGAUGUGAUGGUAACACCAAAUUUGUAUGGUAAUAUCGUGGACAAUCUCGCAUCUGGUCUGGUAGGAGGUGCUGGUGUGGUCGCUGGUGCCUCUUACUCUGCUGAAUGUGUCGUUUUUGAACCGGGUGCGCGUCACACAUAUUCCGAAGCAGUGGGCAAAAACGUGGCAAAUCCCACGGCGAUGUUGUUGUGCUCGGCGAAACUUUUGAGGCAUGUCAACUUGCCCCAAUACGGAACUAUGAUCAGAAAUGCCGUAGAUAAAGUACUCAAGGAUGGUAAAGUGCGCACUAAAGAUGUUGGAGGACAAUCAAGUACUCAAGAGUUCACAUAUGCAGUCAUUAACAACCUACAGAUGCCCUAAACAAUGUGAUUAUUUAUUAUUUAUUUUAUAUAUUUAUGAGGAGAAAGUAUGUAAAUGUUUUAUUUAUUUUUAAACCCUAAAUAGAGAGCAGGACGAAAAAUUAGCUAGCUAAGAUUUAAAAUUGUUUUCAAGAUUCAGUAGAAACUUGUGUUAAUGUAUUAUACACAUUGUACAUUAAAAUACCUUUACAGAUC